AUGGUGAUCUCAGCCAAAGAGCUCUUGUUUGGUCAUUCGGCCUCAAUAACGUGUGUGGCAAAGGCCCGAGUCUUUGAGAAACAGCCGUAUGUAGUUAGUGCUGCUGAAAAUGGGGAGAUGUGCAUCUGGAACGUGGCCAGUGGCCAGUGCAUCGAGAGUGUCCAGCUUCCCUACAGGCACACUGCCAUCUGUUAUUACCAUUGCUCAUUCCGGAUGACGGGAGAUGGCUGGCUUCUGUGCUGUGGGGAGUAUCAGGAUAUCCUGGUCAUUGAUGCCAAGACCCUGGAGGUCCUUCACACUUUCGUAUCAUCACAGUCUUCCGACUGGAUCAACUGCAUGUGCACUGUUCACUCCACGAGGAUUCAAGAGGACUCACUUCUGGUGGUGUCGGUAACUGGCAGCCUCAAAGUGUGGAACCUGUCUUCAUCCAUCAAUAGCAUCCAGGAGAAGCAGGACGUGUACGAAAAAGAAUCUAAAUUUCUGGACUCGCUCAACUGCCGGGCAAUACGAUUCUGCCCCUACACGGAGAGGCUCCUCCUGGUUGUGUUUUCCAGCUGCUGGAAGGUCUAUGACUACUGCGACUUUUCCCUUCUGGGCAGUGAAGCCUGUGUGAGGGGCCAGGCCUUAACUGGUGGAGAAGUGCUCACGGCCCACAGGGUCCUUGUCUGGACAGAUGCCGGGCAUGGUGCCAUCUACCAGCUGCGGAACAGUGCCCGCAGCAGAGGGCCCCUCCCAGCUGAGCAACAAGCGUGCAAAGAAGUUCUUUCUCCUCAUUUGCUCUGCUCCACUUCAGUGAAAGGAAACAAGAGCUAUCCCUUUGUGAUGGGCUAUAUGAAUGAGAGGAAAGAGCCCUUUUAUAAGGUUCUCUUCUCAGGAGAAGCAUCUGGAAGAAUUACUUUGUGGCACAUCCCCGAUGUCCCAGUGUCCAUGUUCGAUGGUUCUCCCAAAGAGAUCCCAAUAACUACCACGUGGACCAUGCAAGAUAACUUUGACACAGACCACACCACCUCACAGAGUAUCAUUGACCACCUUGAUGUCCCCAGAGGUGGGGCAGGAAGAGCCGCUGUCACGUCCUCUGUGUACGUUCCCCAUCUCAACAGACUUAUCUGUGGGUGCGAAGAUGGCAGAAUCUUCAUUACUGUGGCUUUGGAUGCCGCAAGAGCCAGGCUUUUGGAAGGUGUUUCCCAGCUAAGAGAGCUGCUACCUCACAAAGUUCUCCUUGGACAUGGCAGAUGUGUUACUUCAUUGCUUUAUCCCCAUGGCCAAUCGUCCAAGUUUGACCAGAGCUGGUUGGUGUCAGGGGACCAGGAUUCCUGCGUUAUCUGGUGGGACAUUUUCACGGAAGAGAUUUUCCAUAAAUUUUUUCUGCAAGCUGGUCCCAUAACCAACCUUCUAAUGUCACCAGAAAACUACAGACUGAAGGAGCAUGGGAUUGUCUGCUGUGUGUGCAGUGACCAUUCGGUCGCCCUUCUCCACCUGGAGGAAAGGUCAUGCCUUCUGCGUGCUCGGAAACAUCUCUUUCCUGUGAGGAUCAUAAAAUGGCACCCCGAGGAAAACUUCUUAAUUGUCGGAUGCGAGGACGAUUCCGUUUACAUCUGGGAAAUUGAAACAGGCACUCUGGAGCGGCAUGAAACGGGAGAUGGGGCAAAGGCCAUCCUGAACUCCUGUGAGGAUGCAGAGCUGGUAUUACCUGAAUCCGGCCUCCCGGGAGCCUUGGACCCUCACCGGCCAAAGAAUGCUGAGCCCAAGUCCCCCAGCUCCCACAGACUUGGCCCACUUUCAUCACCCAUUUCUCAUGCAGAGAAGUCUUUGCGGAAGGGCCCUGUUCCCGACUCUUUCCAAUGCCCUUUCAGCGUGUUACCUGUGAAGAUGAAGUGGAGCAACAUCAGCUUCCACAUCCUUCUGUUUGAUCUGGAAAACCUGGCGGAACUCCCAGUGUCGCCACAACUCAACGGGCUGCCGAGCUCUAACUCCCUUCAUGGCAGCGACUUCCUCAGAAGAGUCAAGAGCACGGGAGAGAAAAGGACACUGACAUUAAAGAGAAGCAAGGCAGCGAGUUCUCCACCGCCCAUCGAGGAACCAGGCAGAAACGGGUGUGGGGGUCAUGCCCUGAGAGAGGACGUUCCCCUCAAAGCCCUGGAUGAAAACGAUGGUCUGAAAAGGCAGAAGAAGGCAAAGAACUCCAAAAAAGCCCACCUCAAGCCAUUCAGGAAAAUCGAUGAGAACCUGACGCUGGACACGGCUAAACUCCUCCUGUCAUGCCUCUUGCCAUGGGGAGUGGACAGGGAACUAGAUUGUUUUUGCAUCCGCCACCUAAAUCUCCAAAGACUUCAGGGGCCCGUGUCAUUUGGGCUCGUGUCCAGAGAUGAUCACCUCUCUUUGCAGCUCCCGGGCUGCAACAGGAGUCAGUUGGAAGAGCGUUCGGCAUUCAAUCUGUUUUCCAGAAAGGUGCUCGACUUGUCAAACAAGUACACCGCUUCUGUCCCCCAACAGACCAGAGCCCCGGCACUUCUGGAAGAUGGCCAGGAAUCUUCCCCAUCACCAGAUGCUAUAUUCUAUUUACUGAGCCGAAUACUUUUUGUUCAUGAGAUAGUUCACAUGCCUGGAGAAUUGAACGAUAGAUCUACCAGUUCUCAGAAAAUGGAAUCUGUGCGGAGCAAGGGGAAAAGUAUCGGCAACGAGGGGUUGAAGAAACCAAGUUUCUAUGGAAACAUACAAAACAGUAAGCAUGGAGACUGCAUGCCUGAUGCUGAAAAUGUUUCCUUGGUGAAGCUCAUUUCCUGCUGGAGGGACCAGUCUGUGCAGGUAAUGGAGGCAAUGCAAGCCGUUCUCCUGGCUGAAGUUCAGAGAAGUCUGAUGACCUUGAGGGAAGCCUCGCUCAGCAGUCAGCCUAGGUCCUCAGGAGAGGACGGAGAGGAGGAACAGAGCCGGCCAAAGGAGAGGCAGAUGGAGCAGCUACUUGAGCUACCAUCCGUAAAAAAUCCUCCUUUGCAAACCUAUCUUUGCAGCGAUUCCAUCUCAGCCGGGGACCAAGGAGCCGAGGGUGAGGCCGAACGACGUGUCCUGGAUGCAGCUGAGAGUCCAGCGGAGAAAAAAGCUCAUCCAUGGAUAGCUAAGGUGUGUUCCUGCAAGGUGUGUUAAAAUGUCAGCUUAUUUAAAGACAUUGGAAUUUGGAAAAAUGAUGUUGAAGAUCUGAAAUGCACCACAAUUUCCUCACUUGAUAAAGACUUUGUGAUGGGCUAAAGGAUUCCCCGGCAGGAAACAUCCGACUUAGCAAUCUUGCAGCCAAAAGCGGGACCACCCAGUCUUUUUGGGAAAAUACUCUGGAAACCUUCUCACGAACUUACCUUCCGUUGGUCUUCAGAGAGCUCUUUGCUGCCAGUGAGCUCGACUAACAGGAAACCCUUCUUCUUUCAACAGACUUAUGUAAGUCCAGGAAAUUUAUUACCCUAGAAAGCGCACAGGCAGAAGGUACAUGUAACCUGAAGAGGGGUUUGAUCAAUUCAUGGCCAAGCGGUCCAUAAAGGAUUAUAAGAGGGUGAGUUGGUGGGAAAGGUGGGUGGUUCACCUCUAACUAUUAAGAUUGGUGCUCCCAGGUGGCAACUGCCACAUAGAUCCUUCCAGAGUCCCAUAGCCACUGUUGGAGACAAAAUCCCGGGCUGGAUAAAUCACUGGUCUGACCCACUCCUGUGCUCAUAAUCUUAAAUUCUCAUAUCGCAACUUUCCAAGAUCUUGAAUUGGAGUGCCCCACUAAACCACAGAUUUUCACACCAUGCUUUCAAUUCCAUCAGGGCUUGAUUUGUACAAAUGAAAUCUACUCAUGUAAUAUGAGAAAGAUAUAUUCAUUCAUUCAAUCGUAUUUAUU